UUCAGUUUCAGUGCAUGAAUCCGGAACUCAAAUUCUCAUGAUCUUUCCCUGAUCGAUCCUCUAUUUUAACUCUAACUGAUUCGUAUACGUAUUCUCACCCCCAAUAAACUCACACAACACCCACCAAAGCCAAAAUUCCUAAUACAAACUCUCAAAUUAAGAUGCCUUCUUCUUCGUCUUCGGUAGUCAAUGUUGUUGCCAAAUCCACCAUUUUUCCAGAACGAAAAUCAGACCUGAAACCCCUAAAGCUAUCAGUCUCCGACCUGCCCAUGCUCUCAUGUCAGUACAUCCAAAAGGGUAUCCUCCUGUCCCGCCCACCCUACUCCAUCGACCAUCUCCUCUGCUUUCUCAAACGCUCUUUGUCUCUCAGUCUCACCCACUUCCCCGCCCUCGCUGGCCGUCUCUCCACCGACCCUGAUGGCCACAUCCACAUCGUCUGCAACGAUGAGGGCGUCGACUUCAUCCACGCCAAAGCCAAACAUCUCUCCAUUCACUACCUUCUCUCUCCAGAUUACGUCCCUGACUGUUUCAAAGAGUUCUUUCCCUUUGACAGAACAAUCAGCUACUCCGGCCACUUCAAGCCCUUAGCUGCCGUUCAGGUCACCGAGCUAAACGAUGCCCUUUUCAUCAGCUGCACCGUCAACCACGCCGUCGCGGACGGGACCUCCUUCUGGCACUUCUUCAACACAUUCGCCGAGAUUUGCAGAGGAGCGAAGAGGAUAUCCAAAGCUCCAUGCUUUUGCCGAAACACCAUUUUCAAUUCGCCGGCGGUGCUCAAAUUCCCGCCCGGCGGCCCGAAGGUGACCUUCUCUGGUGACGUGGCGUUACGUGAGAGAAUCUUUCACUUCAGCAGGGAGGCGAUUCUGAAGCUAAAACUUAGAGCUAAUGACUAUAACCAAUUGCUGACUGUGGUGGGUAACAGUGUUGUCGAUCAGUCCGCGGUGGAGUUACUUGGAAGGCAAUGUAAUGACGGUUGGCAAACCGUUAAUGAGGAUAACGAUGCAUCUAACGGUAAAAUAACAUCUGUCCUCGAGGAUUGGCUGAGGAACAACGUCUCGAACCGAACGACGGCGAUAUCGUCGUUCCAGUCGCUUUGUGCUCAACUUUGGCGUUCGGUGACACGUUCGAGGAAGUUGACGGCCAGCAAAAAGACGACAUUCCGGAUGGCCGUGAACUGCCGCCACCGGAUCGAGCCACGGCUGGACCCAUUCUAUUUCGGCAACUCCAUACAGAGCAUCCCCACUGUAGCUACGGCUGGGGAGCUUCUUUCAAGGGAUCUAAGAUGGUGCGCCGAUCUCCUGCACCGGAACGUGGUUGCGCAUGACGACGCCACGGUGCGCCGGGGCAUAGCGAAUUGGGAAAGGGAGCCAAGUGUGUUCCCGCUCGGGAACUUCGACGGUGCAUCGAUGACCAUGGGGAGCUCGCCGAGAUUCCCGAUGUAUGACAAUGACUUCGGGUGGGGCCGACCAUUGGCGGUGCGGAGUGGGGCGGCGAACAAAUUCGACGGAAAAAUAUCGGCGUUUCCGGGGAGAGAAGGCAACGGAAGCGUGGAUCUGGAGGUGGUUUUGGCGGCCGGAACGAUGGAAGGGCUUGAGACCGAUAUGGAGUUCAUGCAAUACGUAUCGAGCAGUAGCACUAGCGUGUGAUUAAUUCGUACGUGGGGUUUUUGACGUUGGGAAGGUGAAGUCGUAGACUCGAAAGUAAACGAGGAAUCCUAUUUGCAAGUUCUAAAGAGAUAAAUUUGAUAGAGGUCUUUUGUAAAAGAAUAGAUCCACUAAAAAAUAAAGAUUUUUUUUUACACUUUUUCAA